AUGGAACCCAAUCAAAACGCCGUGGUUGACGGAUUUCAGUACGCAAACGCACGCCUUGUCGCGGAGAACGAGUCUCUGAAGAAGGCCAACGGCCAGUUUGGACAGAGGGUCGUCGACAUGGUGUUGGAGAAGAAUGAUCUGAAGACUGAGAAGGGUGCUUUGAAAACUGAGGAUGGCGCUCUGAAGACCGAGAAUGAAUCUCUGAAGGCGGAGAUUGAAACUCUGAACACGGAGAAUGCAUCUUUGAAGACCGAAGACGAUGGCCAUGAAGCCUGUAAACGCAGCUUUUUGAGGCCUAUCGCUUCACAAUGGCACGAGCGAAGAUGA